CUUGGCACAAGGGUCCUGGGCACAAGCCCCAAAGCGGGCUCUGCUUAUUUCAACGGAGCUGUUAGGUUACGCUCCGGAGCUGGCAAGGGGGUGCGUGGUACGCACACGGGGGGGGGAGUGCCCCCUGCAAGGUCCUGUUUGCUGCCUUCACCCUGGCUGGCCCGGGGGGAGGCCGAUGCCAAGAGGGAUCCAGGGAUCCAGAGCGUGGUGGGAAUUAUGGGCAGGCAUUCCUUGGGAUGGGGGAGGGGGGGCAACUAGAGCUUGCAGUAGCUCUCCCCCCUCCCCUCCCCCCCGGGGGGGGGGCUUUGGCGGAAUCUUCCGGAUUCAGGAGGCUCCGCCGGGCCUUGCGAGGCUGCCGGGCUGCAUCUCCCCAGCAACGGAGAUGGCAUUAUACAGUUCCCAUGGAAACUCCGGCGGCGGCGGCGGCGGAGGCGCAGCAGCGGCAGCAUCAUUCGGGCAGGCGGGCAGGGAGCCGGCGGUGGCGCUUGGCAGCUUCGCGGAGCUGCGGCGCUCUUUGUCUGCCUGCCUGAGCGGCCGGGCGAGGGCUCCGGGCUCCCGGGGAGGCGCGCUGCAAGCCCGGCGGCGGAGCCCACCUUCCCAGCGCCCCAGGACCGGGUGGCGGAGCCGGGCGGGCGGCUGGCACUUCCGUGCCCGGCCUGAGAGGCACUCAAGAGCCGGAGAGCGGGGCUGAGGCCGGGCGAGGGCUGCAGCAGCCCCGCCGCCCCCGCCGCCCCCCACAACAGCGCAGCAGCGGCGGCGGCAGCAUCAGGCGUCCUGGGAUGCCCUCCGGCGCUCGCAUGCCCCACCAGGGGGUUCCCAUGGGUCCCCCGGGCCCCCCUUAUGUCGGAAGCCCCUCCGUGCGCCCCGGGAUGCCACCGGCGGUGAUGGAGCCCACGCGCAAGCGGGCGGCCCCCCAGCCGCAGCCACAGCCGCCACAGCAGACGCCGCCACAGGCACCGCAACAGCAGACGCCACAGCCACAGCAGACGCCGACGCAGACGCAGGGAGCUGCCCAACAGAACCGAUCCCGCAGUGUGAAGAGGAGGAAGAUGGCGGACAAAAUCCUCCCUCAAAGGAUCCGGGAGCUGGUGCCCGAGUCUCAGGCCUACAUGGACCUGCUGGCCUUUGAGCGGAAGCUGGACCAGACCAUCAUGCGGAAGCGGGUGGACAUCCAGGAGGCCCUAAAGAGGCCCAUGAAGCAAAAGCGGAAGCUGCGCCUGUACAUCUCCAACACCUUCAACCCGGCCAAGUCGGACGCCGAGGACUCGGACGGCAGCAUCGCCUCCUGGGAGCUGCGGGUGGAGGGCAAGCUGCUGGACGACCUCAGCAAACAGAAGCGGAAGUUCUCGUCUUUCUUCAAGAGUUUGGUCAUUGAACUGGACAAGGACCUCUAUGGACCGGACAAUCACCUGGUCGAGUGGCACCGGACCCCCACCACCCAGGAGACGGACGGCUUCCAGGUGAAGAGACCGGGAGACGUCAGCGUGCGCUGCACUCUGCUGCUCAUGCUGGACUACCAGGGAAGGCCGUGGAGAGGCGCUCAUAACUGCCGCUUCAGAGAGUCCCGGAAGGAGUGGACCAUCCUGACCCCUCUCGGUCUGGAUUCAGGCCUGGGUACAGGACAGCCGUGGUUGCGCUCGCCGACGACCCCUGGCAGGAGUGGGGUGGGAGGGCCUCCCCAGUUCAAGCUCGACCCCCGCCUGGCCCGCCUGCUGGGCAUCCACACGCAGACCCGCUCGGCCAUCAUCCAGGCGCUGUGGCAGUACAUCAAGACCAACAAGCUGCAGGAUUCCCACGACAAGGAGUACAUCAACUGCGACAAAUACUUCCAGCAGAUCUUCGACUGCUCCCGGCUGAAGUUCUCCGAGAUCCCGCAGAGGCUGACAAAUCUGCUGCUCCCGCCGGAUCCCAUCGUGAUCAACCACAUCAUCAGCGUGGACCCCAAUGACCAGAAGAAGACGGCCUGCUACGACAUCGACGUGGAGGUCGAGGACCCCCUGAAAGGGCAGAUGAGCAGCUUCCUGCUCUCCACGGCCAAUCAGCAGGAGAUCACCGCCCUGGACAACAAGAUCCACGAGACCAUCGAGUCGAUCCACCAGCUGAAGAUCCAGAGGGACUUCAUGCUGAGCUUCUCCAGAGACCCCAAGGGCUACAUCCAGGACCUCCUCCGCUCCCAGAGCAGGGACCUUAAGGUCAUGACGGACGUGGUGGGGAACCCGGAGGAGGAGCGGAGGGCAGACUUCUAUCACCAGCCCUGGUCCCAGGAGGCCGUCAGCAGAUACUUCUACUGCAAGAUCCAGCAGCGUCGGCAAGAGUUGGAACAGUCUCUGGGGGUCCGCAACACAUAAAUGUCUACCAGCCUAAUUUCCCCCCACCAUCACCCUCCCCACCAUUCCAUCAAGCAUGGACUUUUCUGUGUUCCAUCACCUGACACCCCCUCCCCCACGGAGAACGGACCGGCUCCGUGACUGGCCUGGGGGAGGCCACCACAGCACCAGCAUCACCAGCUAUAGGGUCUGCCUCGCAGCCCCCCUGCCCUCCUCCUCCUCCUCCCCCUUGGCUCCGUGGGCUGUGCAGAGGGAGGCAAGAGGCCACGGCCCACAGCAGGAGGCUCCCAUCGAGAGUGGACAGCUUGCCCCCUUUGCGCUUCGGUGCCCGGGCUGCUGGUUCGGGUAUUCCACAGUGCCCAUUUGCCACAAAAGGUCUCACCCACGAUCAGCCCAGCCGUAGAACGAGAUCUGGGACACAUCCCGUUGCGGGCUGCGUGAAGCCGAUGAACCACGCGCAACCGGGUGCGACGCUGGGGGAUCCUGCAAAGGUCCCGGAAGAUUGGAGAAUUGCAGCUUCCUCCCGAACUGGACCGGCCUCUGACCGGUGGCUGGCUGGGAGGGUCCAUCUACCAGGCAGGGGGAAGGGGUCUCCGGCAGCAGCUCAGAGAGAUCCAGAGGCCGGUGACCCUCUUCACAGCAAGAGCCUUGGGCCGGUCCUUCUGGCCAGCAGGUGCUGGAGGCCGGCUACGGAGCUCUGCCUGGUGGGCCCUGCCGGGACCGAUCCCCAUUGCGGCACCUCCCAAGGCACCAGGGGAAGGGAAGACCCCUCCCGUACUCCCCUGAACCUGUCAGAGUCAGCUUGGACCCCUGGGGAGCCCACCCUGACCAGCCACGGGCUCCCCUGGGAGCAGUUGCGCCCUGCAGGCUGUGGGGUGAGUGUGUGCCAGGCUAGCUGCUGCCAACGGAGGGGGGGGAGGAGGUGGAGGCUUUCGAUUGGGGCCCCGGAGAAGAGGGAGACGGGAAAGGGCAGAGAGGCAGCCAGAGGCAGCACAAUUCCCGUCCCGUGCAAGAUGGGGGUGGGUGGGUGGCUGGGGUGAGCCAGUGUCUGUCUGUCUGUCUGCGUGUCUCUCUCUCUCUCUCUCUCUCUCUCUCUCUCUCUCUCUCUCUCUCUCUCUCUCUCUCUCGCAUCCUCAGCGUCAGGGAGGUCAGAAAAGAAAGCAGACGUGGUUUCAGCCGAGGUGGCCGAUGACUCUUAGCACCCCCUCCACCUGGGGGGAGGGGGGCUGGGCUUUUGAUAGUUUGGAUCAGAAUCGGGCCCUUGGAAUCCUGGUUAGCUGGCAGAGCCUGGAACCCGACACGGGGCAGCCUCCCUGCCUGCCUUGAGUCCCCACGAAGGGGGGGGGCAGCAUUGGACAGCAAGGAAAAACUGGCCAUCCUCCUCUCCUCCCCCUCCUGCUCAGGGGAGGGGCUGGGACUGAAAGGGGCCUUGGGGGGGGGCGCCUGUUUGGUCAUUUCACUGUGUCUGUUUUUAGCACAUGAGUGUCUCAUUGGCCGCCCUCUGGGGGGGGGACUCCCGGUCCCUGGGUGGAGAGGGCGUCACAGGUCCCAUGUUCCACCCCCCCCCACACCGUGGCUGCCCGUUUCUUUGUCGUGUGGUGCCGAGUGAUUUGUAGGAGAAGGUUCAAUAAAAAAAGAGCCUCGUUGCUUUGUAUCUCUUUCA